CUAUUUACUGUUGCUAUCUAACUGCCAAAUUUUUUAAUUUUGAUGUUUGAUUUUGUUCAAUUUAUUGUUGAAUUUAUAUUUUCUGCUCUCCCGCGGCUUGUAAAGGAUAUAGGGAAACAAAGAGGCAUGGCAUCUGUAAAGGAAAUUUUUGGGCUAAUUACCAAAAAAAAAAAGGGAAAUUUUAGGCUUUCGGGACCUUCAUGGCUCACUGCUGUCGAUUGGGAAAAUUCUGGUCACAGAAGAUCAGUUGUUGCAAGCUUGGUCCAAGGAGUGUACACUCUAGAAAGGGACCGCCAACAGAACCGCCAAGGCCACCAAUCUGAAGCUUCUCCAUGGUGGAACUCUUUCCACUUUCAAUUAAUCACCCAACUUAUAGAUCCUGUUGAUUCCUCUAUCUUUGGCGCCAUUUAUCAAUAUAAUCCAUCCGUUUGCCAUCACAGAGCCCCAAAAUAUGUUAUUGCCUUCCGAGGAACACUAAACAAGCUAGAUACCUUAUUAAGAGAUUAUAAGCUGAACAUCAAAGUCUUCCGCAGCAAACUUCAUCUAGACAUCCGCUUUCAUCGGGCACUGAAGGAUGUGCAGGAUGUUAUUGAAGAAGUAGGACCAGAUAACGUUUGGUUAGCCGGGCAUUCACUUGGAUCAGCUAUUGCCUUGCUUGUAGGGAAGAAUAUGGCAAGGCUAAAUUAUCCUCUUGAAACUUACCUUUUCAACCCACCAUUCACUUCUUUCCCCAAGUUGAAGCAAGGGAUUCGCAUUGCAAGCAGUUUUAUCAAAGCUGGAAUUGCUGCUGUAACGGGCAAACACCAAAGAGAUGACUCUUUUUUUGAAUUAUCUAACUGGUCUCCUAACCUGUUUGUUAACCGAGCUGAUCAUAUUUGCUCUGGAUAUAUUGAUUAUUUUGAGCAUAGGAAAAAGAUGGAGGAGGUUGGAGCAGCAGAGACUGUGAGACGUGUAACACAAAUAUCUAUAGUGAACAUGAUAUUUGGUAAACAAGAGAAGGAUUGCGAACCCCUGCAUCUGCUGCCUUCAGCUUAUCUGACUGUUAAUAUGAUUCAGUCUCCAGAUUUUAAACGAGCUCACAGAAUUCAGCAGUGGUGGGAUCCUAGUUUUUAUGGCCAGUCGGAACUUCACUUGCUCUGAUAAUGUAAGUUAUUUUCACUUUGUAGGAUUGCUUGAUGAAUGAUUUGUUUAAUUACACUUCACCAUUCUGGUGAAAACUUGCUAUGUUUGAUCACAAUGAAACACAAAUGUUUAUUGCUGAAUUACUAGGAAGAUGAUAAGUUUGAUAUUCUCUUCCUUUUGGA